AUGGCGACCAAAGUCAACGACCCCGUGCCGCUCGUCGGCUCGCUCGACAGCAUCUACUCGCCCGCGGGCGUGCUCAAGAACGGCAAGCGCUGGAACGAGCUCGCCACCAAGUUCGCGCAGGCUUUCAAUGGCGAGCAGCCCGACUUUAUCGCUCGUGCCCCCGGUCGCGUCAAUCUGAUCGGCGAGCACAUCGACUACGUCGGCUUCUCCGUCUUCCCCGCCGCCAUCGAGAAGGACAUCCUCAUGGCCACCAAGGUGUCGUACUCGGCCACCCCCGUGGACAAGGUGCAGAUGGUGCUCAAGAACACCACGCCGCGUUUUGUGGUCAACACGUUCGAGUCGGCGUACAACUCGACCGACACCGUGGAGCUGCUCAACGAGGGCGACGAGCGAUGGGCCAACUACUUCAAGGUGGCGUUCAAGGGCCUGCACUCGCACCUGCCGGCGCAGGUGCUCGAUGCCGGCAACGCCAAGCGGCCCGCCAAGAUCGAGGUGCUGGUCGACGGCACCAUCCCGCCCGAGAGCAGCUUGAGCUCGAGUGCCGCCAUGACUACGUGCAGCAGUAUUGUGGUGCUCGAGGCGUUCGGCGCGCGCGAGCUCAUCGACCGCAAGGAGAUGGCCGAGGUGGCGAUCGAGUCGGAGCGCCUCGUCGGCGUCAACUCGGGCGGCAUGGACCAGUCGGCGUCGAUCUUUGGCAUCCCGCAUCACGCGCUCUACAUCUCGUUCUUCCCCACGCUCAGCGUGCAGCCGACGCGCCUGCCACCGAGCUCGCCCGACCACACGUUUGUCAUUGUCAACUCGCUUGUCGUCUCGGACAAGAAGGUGACGGGCCCGGUCAACUACAACCUGCGCGUCGUCGAGACGCGCAUGGCCGCACGAGCACUUGCCAACUACCUCGGUUUGGCGGCCGCCAAGGAGAACGCUUGCCGCGAUCUUCGCGGCGUGCUCGAGACGUACUUUGCCGAGAACGGCGGCGCGGGCCGACUGCAGGCCGAGAUGGAGAACAGCAGCGCGGUCAAGCAGACGCUCGAGCGCUCGGGCGAAGAGGCGGCGCGCAUCAAGGUGCUCGAGGAGAAGGUGGAUGCGCUGUACUCGUCGGCAGCACUGCAGGAGGGCGUUGCGCGCGCCGAGGUGGAGAAGCUUACGGGCUACAGUGGCGACAAGUUUGAGGCCGAGUUCCUCAGCUCGUUCCCGAUCCGUGCCGACGCAUUCCAGCUGUACCGCCGCUCGAAGCACGUCUUUACGGAAGCACUGCGUGUGCUCCAGUUCCAGGCGCUGUGCAAGCAAAACUCGACCGAGUCGGCCAAGGAGGUGUACGCGCAGCUGGGCAGCCUCAUGGAUGGCUCGCAAAAGUCGCUGCGCGAGCUGUACAACUGCAGCUGCGACGAGCUCAACCAGAUCAUCGAGAUUGCCAAGCGCAAUGGCAGUCUGGGCAGCCGACUGACGGGCGCCGGCUGGGGCGGAUGCACUGUCCAUCUCGUGCCCAAGCCCAAGGUCGAGGUUUUCAUCUCGGCCAUGCGCACGCAGUACUACGCCAAAAAGUUCCCCGAGCUCUCCAAAGCACAGCUCGAAGACGCUUGCUUCGACACACAGCCCGCCGGCGGUGCGUGCGUGUACAAGCCAGCAUCGCCCACCGGUGUCCUGUAUUCGUCUGCUACGCUAGGCGGGAUGGAAACGCCGACCACGCCAUAG